GUUGUUUUUUUCUUUUGUUUGUUUUUUUUUUCCUUCGAAUGUAAGAACACUAGAUCAGGUGUUAAUCACGUUAAGAUACUGAUGAAAUGAUGCCUUGUUUCCAUGUCUUAUGCUUUGGUGUUCUCCUGAGACUUCAAUUUGGAAUGGAAAAAUGGGAUAGGUAGUGUGGUACCAGACGGAGCGACUGUGUUUUACUCAUUAUCUUAGUUGACUUGUAUCUCUCUCUACUCUAAUUCUAUUUUGAAAAUCAUGGAAAAAAGGCUUUUCCAAAGACCCAAACUUGGAGGGUUACAAAACGGGAUUUUCUUGUUUUUCCGUCUUCAUGGAAAAGAAAGGGAACGAAAACAAUGAAAAGGGAACGAGGAAGAAAACAUGAAGUUUUUGGGGAGAAUUCUUCGGACAUUUAUAUGGAAAUGAUUUUUGUUUUUUUUAAUAUAUAAAUGAACAGAGCUGAUUGCUAGGAUUUAUUUUUUCCAAACAGAGCCUAACCUCGGUUUUCCGGGCGGAAAAACGUGGAGAAAGGAAAAAGAAAAGAAGAGAAACGUAAAGGGUAGGGACGAAAAGAACAGGAAAAAUCAAUGCAAGGAAAGAAUCAAAGGGCGAUGAGAGAAGCGGGUCCGUCCAAAAAUCGCCCGCUUCAACCUCCUGAAUAAAAACAAAAGAAAAGCCUCUCUUUGGUUCGCUCUCUGCCCCGGAUUCCAAUACUCGUUCUUCAGAAUCUUCGAAAUCCCUUUCCGAGCAUUUUCUUCAUUAUCUUGGGAAAAUUUUCAAAUGGGUGUCUCUGAAUUUCAUUCAAUUCAAAUGGGUUUGCCUCAAAAUCUAACAUGAGUUGGUGGAGUCGGUAAUAGAUUGAGCUGCUGAGAUUAUUGCCUCCAGAAUAUGGCAGUAAAAUAUGGUUCUUCUCCAUUUUCUUGUGUCUCGACUUCUCUUUCUUCACCUUUUCACUCCAAGAGGAUUUUCCAGCUGAGCUCAUCACGGAGAUCAAAUAACAGAUAUCAAGAUGAUGUGCAGCUGAUGAGAAAUACUGAAGUUAUGGAGCCAUAUCACGUCAUACAUGGAAUGUUCAAUGUAAAAAGAAGGUUUCCGAAGAGGCAAGCUAUUCUAUUUGCUACUUCUGAAGAUCAAUCUCCUUCAGAUGAACUCAAACCAGAUACUUCAGAGCAAGAAGAGUACCAUCCUAAUGCUGAAGGCAUCCCUUCUGCGAGCAUUACAUAUUUCCAUUCAGAGGGUACUGGUGGAAAACCAGGUUUGAUCUCAUUUUACAAUCGUCCAUACAAAAGAGCGGAUGAAGAUCUUAUAUCUGGUCCACCAAGGAAUCAGAACAACCUGCUAUGGUUCAUUGGUCCUUCUAUCCUGGUAGCCUCUUUCAUUUUCCCUUCGCUUUAUCUGCGCAGAAUACUUUCAACUGUAUUUGAGGAUUCUCUUUUAACAGAUUUUCUCAUAUUGUUCUUUACGGAAGCCCUCUUCUACUGUGGUGUUGCGGUUUUUCUUCUGCUAAUAGACCGUUUACGGAGGUCUCUUGAGCCAGUUUCUGAUACAAAUAGCCACAGAAUCCCAGCUCCUCAGUUGGGGCACCGAAUCGCUUCUGGUGCUGCCUUGGUGCUUAGUCUUAUAAUUCCUAUGGUGACCAUGGGUUUGGUCUGGCCGUGGACUGGCCCUGCAGCUUCUGCUACUCUUGCUCCAUACCUGGUUGGUAUUGUUGUCCAGUUUGCUUUUGAGCAGUACGCAAGAUAUAUAAAGUCACCAUCGUGGCCAGUAAUUCCGGUUGUCUUUCAAGUUUAUAGAUUACACCAACUUAAUAGAGCAGCACAAUUGGUGACAGCCCUGUCAUUCACGGUGAGGGGAGCUGAGAUGACCACACACAACUUGGCAAUAAACAGUUCACUGGGCACACUUUUGAAUGUCCUUCAAUUCCUUGGGGUCAUCUGCAUUUGGUCUCUCUCCAGCUUCCUCAUGAGGUUUUUCCCUUCUGCUACAAUGACUCAGCAAUGAUCUUGAAUUUUCUGAAAAACCUUUGUUGGUUUUUCUGCUCUGGUGGAAUUCUGAAACUACAUGUGUAUUGAAGCAUUCUUCUCUAAAGCAUAUCAAAAGGUCAUUGCAGGACAUGGAGAAGGAAUAUUCUAACUGCAGUAGGGACUCUAAUGAAAACCACUUUGCUGCUUGGCUGGGACUGAUUUUCCAAUAGCAUGGCUGGAAUGCUGGACAUCAUUCAGCUUAUUAAAAGCAUCAUCUCUUGUUAAUGCUUUAGAUUGUUCCUUUAACGAUCAAUGAUCUUCUUGCAGUGGCUUAGCAAGGUUAAAGCACAGAGAAAACCACUGAAAUUUAGGAUCUAUAUGCUCCUUUGGUUGCUCAUUUUCUUCUGUUAUUAAUUUUUUCUAUCCCUUCUGGAUACCACAAUAAGUCUCCAAUCAAUAACAGGUUUACAUUAGAAUCA